GGCAAAACAUCAAAUUGCCCAUAAUCCUUGGUCCCCCUGUGGGGGUCGAUAAGCACCAUUUGAUGGCAGAAAUAGGGCCGUAAUAAUAAUAAUAAAAAAAUUGUUUGGUUAUUAUUAUGGCUGAUGGUGAUAAACCCCCAAAAUUUAAGGCCUCAUCGAGCGACGAUUCUGAUUCUGAGGAUAGAGUCAAGUUGGACUUACUCAACUUGAAUUGCGAGAGGAGAGAAACGGCUGAGCAUAACGUCUAUGCUCCAGGUACGAGCCAAAAUGAGGUGCCAGCGAGACGUGAGGAAAAUCCAUUUUCUUUCAAACACUUUUUACGGGAUGACAAAACCAAUUACCACAGCCAAGGUGCCAGACCGAAGGUCUACUGUGAAGGCAGACCCAUAAAUUCUCUGCCUGACUUGGAUAUUCACCCAUCAUCUGAAUCUCACCAAACAAACCGCAUUGUUCCUGAGCUGUCAUCAGCCUUGCCAGAUUUCGUACAAGAUCAUCUAGUCAUAGAGCAAUGCUACUUGGGGAAUCCCAUACAAGGCAACUACAAUGUAGAUGUUAACAAUCUACCAGAUUUUACUCAAAGAAACAGAAAUACUAAUGAUCUACCUAGAAGAGAGAACAAUUCAGCUAUUAACAUACCUUUAGAUUUGCCAGUGAGACCUCAGGCCGAGUUCCCACUGGAUUUGCCAAUUACUGAGCCACAGUCUGGUAGCAGAAGUUGCCCCUCAGUAUCAGAAGUGGGGAAUUCCAAGAGUCUACCAGACUUCUUAGCAGAUGGUGCAGCAAGAACACAAAACAAUGAUGGAAUUAAUAAUAGUGGACAAAGUCCAGAAUAUGAUACAAACCGAUUAAGACAAGAAAUGGAGUUGCUUAGGCAGCAACUGCAGAUACAAACACGUCGAGCGGAUUUCCUUAGCAGAGAACUGGAGUUAGCAAGAAAUAAGGAACAUGAGUACACACAGAACUUGGCUAAAGCUCUUGAACAAGUUGAGAAAAAUCUUGAGAGGAGCAAUAUAAGAGCAGCAUCAUCAGAAAACGUAAUAGUAAAGUUGAGACAAGAAGUUAAAUCAUUAAAUAAUGAGAAUAACAUAUUAAGGAGGGAAAACAGACUACUCAGAGGGGAUGAUGGUGCCAGUGGUGGCCCAAGUAUGAAUUUGCCCAAUGAAAUCCAAUCACAAAGAGUUGCCCAGGAGCUCAGAACAGCUGCUACUACAGCAGAACAAUCAUUAAGACAACUGCUGACAGGAGUGGGCAACUUGAGGAUGCUGGCUUCAUCUUUGGAAAGUAUGUCGCGGAUUGAAGAACAUCCAGAAUCAUAUCAUUCGGAUAUAGAUGACGAUACAGGCCCUGCUUUAUAGACACGAAAUAUAUUUUAUUAAGAUAACAAUGUACAUAUACGAAAU